AUGGAGAUCGAAAAUCCUAAGUUUCUCACCUGCAUUGAUACCACUGUGCGUUAUUGCUCAUGUAUUCCCAUGCCGAACCUGAAGACUGAACCUGUAUUUGAAGCAUUGGAUAAGAUAUUCCGCCGCUACAAUAAGGCAGGCUUUCAUGUCAAGACGAUCAAGUGUGAUCGGGCAUUCAUUCCUCUCACGGAUGAUAUGUUAGAUGAUAUGGGUGUUACUAUUGACCCGACUGCAGCUGGAGACCAUGAGCCUACAGCUGAGCGAAACAAUAGAACGCUGAAAGAAAGAGUUAGAGUAGCUCUUGCACGAUUACCCUACAAAGUGGUCCCAAAGGUGAUCACUGAAUGUCUUGGACGUCGAGCCGCCGAGCUAUUGAAUGUCUUUCCCCAGAAAGACAGUAUUUCCUCACAUUUCAGUCCGCAGCAACUCAUUGAUAAUGUCAAUAUCAACUACAAGAGUGACAUGGUUGCUGAGCUUGGACAGUAUGUUCAUGCAAUUGGGACGGAUUCCAACAAUUUGAUGGAACCACAAAGUAUUGAAGCGAUCUACAUUGAACCUAUGAAGGGACAACGCACUGGGCACCGAGUGCUCAACCUCAAUACUAAGAAAAUUAUUUCUCGACCCAAGGUCGUCGUACUGCCAGUUACUGACCAAGUAGUCCAGCGUGUUUAA